AAAUCCCCUCAACUCAGUCUUCAUCGCUGUAAAUAGAUUUUUAUUCUUCUCUCUAAUCAGGGAUCAGUUCUGCAAAGAAAACAACAGCAACAAUCAACAAUCAGGUAAGGCAACGCUGCGUCCUAACGGGAUCCUCCAACAAAACAUGAAAUUUGCUGCUGCUGGGCCUCAGACUUUGACUCAAAGCCGUUUCAGCGGUGAUUUUUUUACAACAGCGUCCGAGAGAGUUCAGCUGUCACAAACAUGUAAAUGCCUAAAAAAGGGAAGUGCUUGAGCAAAUGAGGACCAUAAAACAGUGCAGCCUGGAUACCACACUGACGAUUAGAUGAUGUUCCAUCAACCUACAGAGACUCUCCAGCAAAAGCCUCGGUGUCUUCUGCACCAUCGUCCAUCCACCUCCACUUCCUGCAGUAUGAGACGUCCGACCAGCUGCCAUCUCACCCUCCUCCUCCUCCUCCUCCUCCUCUUGCUGAACUUCUGCAGGGGUCAGGGGUCGGACUCGGGCGAUGGGAGGCCAUCCUGUGAUCGCUGCGACUUGCAUCUCUCCUGCAAUUGUUCCCACAGCGGAUUCACCCACAUUCCUGUGGUAACGGACCGAGCUCUGACCAUCGACCUCUCCUACAACGCCAUCGCCUCGGUGAUGGAUGACGACCUGACGGGCCACACGCGACUCAGGGUUCUUGAUCUCCACGGUAACGGAUUAGCUACCAUCCAUCCGUCGGCCUUCGACUCUCUCUGGAGUCUGGAGGAACUGGAUCUGUCUGACAACCAGCUGGCUGUCCUCGACCACCAGUGGUUCAGAAAGCUGGAAUCUCUGCUGCAGCUCAACCUGCUCAACAACCCGUACAGCUGCCUGGGUUCUCCACCACCGUUCCAGGGACUCGUCCAGCUGAGGAGGCUGGCGUUUGGAGGUCCGACUCUGGAGGAGCUGAAGAGGGGAGAUCUGUCCGGAGUCACCCAGCUGGAGGAGCUCACCGUCCACGCCAACAACCUGACCAGAUAUGAGUCGGGCACUUUAGCUGACAUUUGGCCUCUGGGUCGUGUCACUUUGAGCCUCCACGGUCCGUUCUUGACAAAUAUGCCGGUGGCCUCGGCUGUGCUCGGGGACGUUUCAUACCCCGAGACGCCCAUCACUCUGGAGGACCUUAAUAUGACUGAGACCUCGUCCGUUCAGCCCCUCACAGCGUUGGCCAAGAAGAGGAUCAGGCAUUUGUCUUUCCGUAACCUGUCUGUGUCCGACAAGGCCAUCGUCAGCCUCCUGGUGGCGGUCAGUGGAGUUCCAAUCACCUACCUUUCCAUGGAUGGUGUUACACUGAUAGGCCAGGGCAGCUGGAGGAAUGCCAGCAAGACCGAUCAAAAAAGCAUCGACGAGUUCUUCGCCCGGGACGUCGUGGUGCUGGAUGUCUUCAAGUUUCUCUCGCUUCUGGACUUGACGUUUUUGCUGCAAUACCCAAGAAGAGUGUCCGUGAUAAACUCCAAGGUGUUUGUCAUGCCCUGCAUCACGUCCAAACUGCUGGUGCACCUGCAGUACCUGGACCUGUCCGACAACCUGCUGACUGACCUGACACUGGUGGAGACGCUGUGCGGCAACCAGGAAACGCUGAAGGAGCUCCGAGUUCUGAACAUCAGUGGAAACCCUCUGAAGUCUUUGUCCACGGUGAGCCGGAUGGUCACGAAGCUCUCCAAGCUGACCCACCUGGACGUCAGCAGGACCGCCUACAUCUCCAUGCCCCCCAGCUGCCCCUGGCCCUCCACCCUGCGACACCUCAACAUCUCUGGGACCCAACUCACCACCACCACUCCCUGCCUACCCGCUACCCUGGAGGUGUUGGACCUGAGCAACAACAAUCUGAGGAGCUUCACUCAGCGCCUGCCCGUCCUCCGAGAGCUCUACCUCUCUGGGAACAAGUUUCUGAGUUUUCCGCCUGGACAGCUCUUCCCCAACCUGCAGACACUGAUGAUACACUCGAACACCCUGAACAUGUUCAGCCACUUAGACCUCCAGUCAUUCAGGAGACUCGAGAGCCUCCAGGCGGGUCAGAACAAGUUCGUCUGCACCUGUGACUUCGUCAACUUCCUCCACUCGGCACUUAAAGGACACGAAGGCAUCCAUUUAACAGAUGGCGAGGACAGCUACGUCUGCGACUCUCCUCUCUACCUGCAGGGGGAACCGGUGGGUCGAGUCCACCUCUCCACUGUCAUUUGCCACCGGGUUCUGUUUGUGUCUGUGACCUGUGGGCUGGUGCUGGUUGUUGGGUUCCUGCUGGGUGUCUUGUUGUGGCGCCUCCAUGCCUUCUGGUACCUGAAGAUGACCUGGGCCUGGCUCAAGGCCAAGCACAGCUCCCGGCGCCGGCAGAGGCAUAGAGUCAUCGAGGGUUCGGAAGCGUUGCUGUCAUUCGACGCUUUCGUUUCCUACAGCGAGAGAGAUGCUGGCUGGGUGGAGAACUUCUUGGUGCCUGAGCUGGAGGAGCCGAGUGAGUCUGACUCCGGGGAUCCCAGAACUUUGCGGUCGUUGACGCUGUGCCUCCACAAGCGGGACUUCCUUCCUGGACACUGGAUCGUGGACAACAUCAUGAGCGCCAUGGAGCGCAGCCGGCGGACCAUCUUCAUCCUCUCAGAGAAUUUUGUGCAGUCCGACUGGUGCCGCUACGAGCUCGACUUCUCCCACUUCCGGCUUUUCGACGGGCACGCCGGCGGAGAGGCGGCCAUCUUGAUCCUGCUGGAGCCGCUGUCCAAGGACGACGUACCCAAGCGCUUCUACAAACUGCGCAAGCUCAUGAGCUCCACCACCUACCUGGAGUGGCCUCAGGAGGAGGAGCGAAGGCCAGAGUUCUGGAGGAGCCUUCGGAGCGCUCUGAGUGGAGGCGAUGAGGACGACUGAUGAGAAGGAAUGGAAAGAGGAAGAGAAAUGAGAGACAGAAGGACAAGAAGAAGAAGCGGUGAGGAGGGAAAGACAUCAACGAGGGAAAAAGUUUCUCCCUUUCAGCUAAACAUUGUUUGGAUUUCUAAAAUAGUUCACUCAUGACUCUGAAGCUGUUAAACUAUGACACAAUUAACCCAUGAGCCACAGCAGUGUACUAUACAGACAACUGUCCCUGAUGUCUUGGAUGGUCACAAGACACCAUUCAUCACAGCUGGAAACAGUAAAUGGGUCAUUCCUGAAUUGGAGGUCAUUUGGACUUCAAAAUGUUUGAAUAAUAAGCCUUCAUUUGACAGUUUUUUGCUCCAUAUUCAUCAAUAAUAGGUAAUAAACCAUCAAAGUCUUGAUUGUCUCAGCUUACACAUCAAUGGUACCAUUAUUAUUCCAUGUUUUAUGUGUUGUUUGCUAACCCUACUCUAAUCACAGUAACAGGGUUGCUAAUCCAUGCUAAUGCUAUCUUUUUCUCAGCAGUAGAAGCUAGAUAUUUAGCUAGCUGUUACUGCUGACCAAGAGGACAAACUGACUGAUGGAAAACAGUCCAAAGAAUGAAUCUGAUCCUGAUAAUAUGACGUAGAGUGAGACGUUCAAUCAAGGCUGACAAUGUGAUGAAAAUAUGAACAAUAGAGGAGAGGACAUACAUCCCCUGUCAAAAGUUGUAGGACGCUUUCUCAUUCAAAUGAAUGAGAAACUUUUGACAAGGGGUGUAGCUUGUCUCUACCCAUUCUUUAGGAAAACUGUUUGAAUAUGUAAACGACUAAAACAAGACAGAAAACCACAACAAGACACAGAAUGACAAAAAUGAGACAUAAAACAAGAAACAUGAGACAUAAAACAACAAAAAUGUCGACAGGGUUGCAUGCAUGUUGUGGGACACACGUUUCAUGCGUAAUAAUUAUUAUUUAAAAUAUUAUGGUGAUUAAAAAAUGCUCCACAAUUACAAAGGCAUCAAUGGAAAAAUAAUACUGAAAAAAAUAGAUUUAAAUUUCAUUUGAACUGUUUUAUUUGAGAUUCAGUUUGGUCAUCAGGGGCUCGGACAAGAGAAAAAUGACAUUUUAGGGGGAACUUCAGACUUAUUUGGUAUUUUUAAAAAUAUUUUCAAGCAUUCCUUGGUCUUGUUAUGGGCUUAGAAAGUUCAUAGCCUGACUCUGAGAUCAGGCUCAAUCUGCUGCACCUGUGUGAUUGAGCUCGGCUGUGUGUUGUUGCCAAUCAGCUGGGCGGGGAUAUAAGGAGGGAUCUCCCAGCUGCUCAAUGGGGUGUGGGUAGGCAACCUGGAAGGUUUGACGCCAUCAGUUAGCCUUCUUUUCAGAAACCAAAGUGUCUUUGUGACAUUAAUGCCCAGAAACUCAGCAGUCUUUUCUUUUUGUUUUGGGGAAUGUUAUUUCCUUUUGAGGGGUUUUUGUUUUUUUCCUACCACUUUUGGUAGAUUUAGUGGGGGAUAGUGGUAUUUAACCAUACCCUAUCCCCUUUUAGACCACAGACCCCAUUUUCUGUGUCCUAGUGUCUUUCACUCGUGAAUAACCUUAGUUUAUUUAAUUUGUCUGAGACUGGGGGGGGGAACGUAACAAUUAGGGGCUCGUCCGGGACCAGUCUGCAAAAAUCCUGAUCCUUUUUUCAGGGGCUUUUCAGUUGGUUGUUUUUUCCUGAAAAAAAGUUACUGCACAAGUAAUGGAGUCCACGGUGGAGGCGUUUAUUAAAAACCCUACUUGGGAAGUGCUCAAUGCCUGUAAGAAGGAAGAGUUGGUGGAGAUUGUUCGCCAUUUUGAAAUAGUAGUGACAGCAGGAAGUAAAAAGGAAGUGAUCAAAGAAGCUGUGGUAAAUGGGAUGCUGACCAAGCACAUUUUAAGCGCUGAUUACGAAGUGAAGUCUGAGAGUCUUCAUGAAGAAGAUGAGAUGGCUGAGGGGAAUGGUGAGCCUGGAAGUCGUGUGGAAAAAUUAAAGCUGCAGCUUGAGUUGGAGCAAAUUAAAUAUGAACAGAUGAGGCUAGUUCUCAAGAAAAGCAAUAAAUCCCUUCACCUAAACCAACACCUGGUUAUUUUGUUGCAUCCAGCCAACCCCUAGCGGUUGGAUCGUAACAGUCUCAGGAUAAGAACAUUUAAACAAUAUCUGCAUGUUUUAGUAUUUUCUACAUGGCUUGUUUGAAAUUUGAUGAGUGGGAUAUAAAGGUCAUGUCAAAUCAUUGUAUACUACAAUUUAAAAAAAAAAAAAAAAAUCAGUUUGCAGUGAUUACAUUUAGUGACAAACCCAGAAGUCUGUUUGCAGCUAAACUGCAGAACAAGAAAAGAAUUGUGGAGACAAAAUAUAGAAAUCAUCUGAUUUAUGGAACAUGAAGUCAUCACUUCUGUCCGCAGUGUUGGUAAAACCUGUUGGAUGUUGCUGAUUAUGAGUUGUUGUUUUUUCCAGUUUUCUGAAAUAAAGAAAAUAAACAAUU